AUGGGCUACAGAUCUUCUACAUGGUCUGAUUCAUUUUUUCAAGGAUCACGUUUACAUGGUAUCUUCUCAUUUACACAAAUAACCAUUCCACAAGAACUUUUAAUCUUUUCACCGAUUGAAGUAACAUUCCACAAAUUGAUUACAAUGAAACAUGAGGAUUCAAUGCAUCUAUCACAGACUAUACUGCAGAGAGCCAUCAUUUGUGUAGGAGACAAGCAAAUGAGGCUGAAUUCUUUUCCAUCUAAUCAGGAACCAAAGACCUCUGAGCUCCAGAGAGAUGCACGCCUGAACUACGAUUCUUGGCUGUUCAUGGCUGAAAUAACUUGUGCAGGAUUCCUUCAGACGUGUGGUCGCAUUAAAUUUAAGGUUAAGAUCAAUGACUUAGUUGAUACUGCACCAAAAGUUCCAGAAGAAGUCUAG